AUGACACGUAAUUCACUUCUCGAGAUCGUGGAACCGCCACCAGCCCCAGAACCAGCUCCUCCGACACCUGAAAUUGCUCCUCCAACACCAUCGCCCACACCGUCAUCAGCAGAGCCAUCAACCGUAACAUCAACUCCCGCAGUGACACCAGCGCCAUCACCAAUACCUCCGGCAGAAGCACCUCCUGCUGCGCCAACGCCCGCUGAAGCCGCACCUUCGCCCGCACCACCCGCAGAUGGAGCUGCACCCCCUACAGAAGGAGCUGAAGGUGCGGCACCAGCACCUCCAGUAGAAGGAGCUGCUCCACCAGCAGAAGGAGCUGCUCCACCAGCAGACGGCGCUGCUCCACCAGCAGAAGGCGCAGCUCCACCAGCAGACGGUGCUGCACCACCUGCAGAAGGUGCAGCACCACCGGCAGAAGGUGCAGCCCCACCAGCAGAAGGCGCAGCUCCACCAGCAGAAGGCACAGCCCCACCAGCAGACGGCGCUGCACCACCUGCAGAAGGUGCACCUCCAGCACCUGCCGAUGGUGCUGCUCCUGCUCCCGCAGAAGGAGCAGCGCCAGCUGAAGGGGCACCUCCAGCUGAAGCAACACCCGCGGCACCACCAGCUGCUCCAGCAGAAACACCAGCUGCACCUCCUGCAGAAGCUCCUGCUCCACCAGCUCCUGAAGCUGCUCCUGCACCUGCAGAGCCAGCCGCAUCGUAA